AUGUUACACACAUUUAUCCUUAUUUGUGGUUGUAUGUGUAUGCUAAACGGGAAAUUGGAUUGUUUUCCCAUAUCAAGACUGUCACCUGACCUAGAUGACGUACGAUCCGCGGCGCAAUCAACUCCUUCAUCCAACAGUCUAUGGACGUUUCCCGUAACAGGACUGUAUUCCUCACACAGACAUGAAUGGAUCUUCUCCACUUCUCUACUGUUUUUAAUACCGUCCAGCAAUAACCAAAUUUCAUCGUCGAAUGAUCCUAACCAAGGUAUAAUUCCAACGGUUCGACCGUACGAGCGACGAUCGCCUCCGUCGUUCGACACAAACGGUAAGAUUUCGUUGUCUUCCGACAACGACAAUGAUAAAAACGGAAUUUCAUCAUCCUACCUGCUAUCGUCCUCAUUUCCCAAAAGUCAAGUUAUGACAUCUCCAUCUGAAUUUCGACCGAAUCUGUUGUUUGACAAAAAAUCUAAAGUUUCUCAGCCGUCUUUGAAAAAUUACGACGACAUGAGCACUUCAUCGUCGAUCAAUAACUGUUUAGAGAUUUCGUCGCCAUCGUCUGAGGACGAAUUGAGGAUCUCGACUACGUCAUCUUAUGCCAUGCAAUUGUCUAACUAUCGCUUCUUAAAAAGCGACGAAUUUCCGAUGAUACUGUUUGACGGUGACGGCGAGAUGCAUACAAACUACUACCCCCCAGCCGGACACAGCAUCUAUAAGAACAAACAAAACAAAUAA